AUGGCGACUUCUGUUGAGAUCGCUUCUGCGCCCACCGUGGACACUCCCGGGACUUGUCUCUUUGUCCACAGUGAGAGACGGUCUUAUCUGUUUGGCCGACCCGAAGAAGGAACUCAGCGCGCUUUCCAGAGCAGGAGACUAGGAAUGGGAGCAACGGAACAGGUCUUUCUCAGUGGCAGUGUUUCAUGGGAGUUGGUUGGAGGCCUGUUCGGCUAUGUUCUCACAGUUGGUGGCGCACUAGAGGCGAGUAGAGAACAAACGGCAUUGAUGAAUGAGGAAAGGAAGAGCAAGGGCCAAAAAUUGACGAAGCAAGCUGCUUUCGAAACCAUUCACAUCCACGGUGGCGAGAAUUUGAACCACACUCUAGCCGCAUGCCGUCCCGUCAUUCUACGACAACCUAUUUCCGUUCGCACACAUGAGCACAGGGAAAACCCUCGGCUUGAGACAAUCGAGAGCAUAGAACCUGACUGGAAAGACGAUGCGCUUCGUUUCAAAGACUGGUCGCCUCUAUCAAAUCCUGAAUAUGCAUCAACUCUCGUUGAGAAAGUCAUGUUCAAUGGCUCACUUAAAGGAAAUGGAAUGCUUAUUCCCGUUAAGCUGAGCGAAGUCAAACCCAAGGAUACUGUCUUUAUGCGCCAAGAAGGCGAAACAAAACUUUACAAGGGCCCGAGGCCUUGUGAUGGGUCGGAAUUGACAGAACCGGAUCAAACUGUUUGGGUAUUCCCCGAGAAGGAAGCUCAAAUUGACCGCAGCGCGGAUACCAUCAACGUCACACAUCGACCACUCCCUCCAACGAUUUAUAGUCAAAGCUCCAUGUGCUAUAUCGUGAAAUGCCUCGAUCGCCGCGGAAAAUUCAACCCUCAGAAGGCCAAGGAGCUUGGAGUACAUGUUACUGACUUCAGGCACUUGACUGCGGGCAGUACUAUAGUGACAAAAGAUGGCGCCACUGUAACUCCUGAGAUGGUCCUUGGCGAAACUCAGCCUGGUCAAGGCUUUAUCCUCGCUGAUAUAGAGUCUCGCGAUCUCAUCGACUCUUUCAUGGAGCGACCAGAAUGGUCAAAUUCUGAAUUGAUGUCGCAUGUCGCUAUUGUGUACUGGAUUCUCGGCCCUGGAAUGGCAGAUGAUGCUAGAAUUCAGAAAUUCGUGGACGAACACCCCACGAUGAAGCAUUUCUUCUGUGCCAAAGACACAUGCCCCAACAUGAUCUCUCUAGCUGGACCCGGACAGCUACAGACCAAGCUACGGAGAAUCGACCCUGAGAGAUUCACUCUUCUCAAGUACGACAACGCUAUAAAGGGAGCCAUUCCCAAUGGAUCACAAGUUGAGCCUGGCCGGACAGGAAACAAAGUUGCGCUGAUGCCCCGUCUUAAAUUCGGCGAAGGCGCUAUUGCCCCUUUCCCUGCUCUUGGAGAGGCAGCUCAGUCUAUCAGUGAUGAGAUUCUCGAACUAGCACGAAAGGCUCGUGAAGAGAUAUCUGAUCCUGAGUUUCUGCGAAAAUUGGAAGAGGAUGAACAGGAUAUUCCAAGCCGCGAUGCUGAAAUCAUUCCCCUUGGAACUGGCUCUUCAAUCCCUGGCAAAUAUCGCAAUGUUUCUUCAACACUGAUUCGGGUACCUGGCAUUGGUAACUAUCUUCUCGACGUUGGUGAGGGCACUUUGGGUCAGAUCCGACGUCUCUUUGGAGAGGAGGAAACUGGAAAUAUCCUCCGAGAUCUCAAGUGCAUUGUCAUCAGUCAUCUUCAUGCUGAUCAUCACCUUGGUACUCCCAAUUUGAUCAAAGCCUGGUACGAACACACCAUCGAAGACACCAAUGCUAAGCUAGCUGUAUCUUGUGUAUCAAGAUACAAGUCUCUCUUGGAAGAGGUCUCUCAGGUCGAAGAUAUUGGUUUCCACAGAUUACACUUCCCCCAUUGCAACACCACCAAGCCUGAUAGGCUCAACAACGGUCGUUUCGUGAUUGAGAACGGCGAUUUCGGACUCCGUGCUAUCAAGCGCAUCCCAGUUCCUCACUGCUGGCUCUCCUACGGAACAGAACUCGAGCUCACAUCCGGUCUACGCAUCGCAUACUCAGGUGACUGCCGUCCCUCAGACGAGUUCGCCCAGGAGUGCGAAGGUGCCCACCUACUUGUUCACGAGUGCACGUUCGACGAUGACAUGCUGUCUCACGCUAAGAAGAAGGGCCACUCUACGAUGGGCGAGGCACUAGAAAUUGCACGCAAGAUGAAGGCUCGAAGAACGCUGCUCACACAUUUCUCGCAACGCUAUGUCAAGGCUGAUUCGUUGAAGAGAGACGAGAGAGGUCAGGCCGGAGAGGCGCUCAUGGCUCUUGAUCACAUGAGCGUUAAGCUGGGAGAUUUCAAGAAGGCGGCUGCUUUCCAGCCUGUGAUUGCUAUGCUUAUGGCGGAUGCGGGUGACAAAUAA